AUGCAGAAGCACAAAGAGGAAUACGCUACAUUCGAAAUUGGAUUAGGGCGAAACGCGCAUCGAAGCGAUCUUCUCGCCCGUAUUCUGCCGGUACCCAUGACGGCUCAACUCACUAAAGUGGAGAAAAUCAUCUUUUCAUCAUUCCGUGCCUACACACCCCUAAGCAUCUUCGGUGAUACCGAAGGAGGAUCACCCAUAAUAAGCGCGGUCGUGAGUGCAAAGCCGCGGCAAUCAACAGGAAGAGGCGGGAGGAAGACACCCUCCCCCCCAAAUAUAUUUGAAAGAGUUGGGCACAACGUGGCCACACUUCCCGAACUUGUAGAAGAGAGGGUCUGUAACUCGGACACCUUCUGUGCAUGCACUAAACCCUUUUAA